UUAAUCUUUUUUUCCAUUUCUUUCUCUAAAUUCAAAAUUUCAUAUUUUCAAUCUUUGAUCCUCAGAAGAUUCACUCAAUCUUUUAAUUUUUCUAUUUUUAACUCUUUAAUCUAUCUUAUAUUUUGCGAGUUAUGGCGUUGCCAAACGGAGAAUUUGAGAUUAGUUUCAGUCACGGUAAGCUUCACGGAAGGGAUGAAGAAGUGGUAAGGUUAGGGUUUGUGAGGUUCACUCGAGGUUUGAGGAGCAAAAGAAUUCUGUUUUCGAAAUCGAACCAUGAAACCGUUUGGAAUUCCGAUAAACUUGAUUCGCCGCCGGUGAAGAUUCCUUUGAAGAGAUCUAAGACAGAACCCAAUAGUUCUGUUCUCGAGUCUCUGCAUCAAGAUAUUUUGAUUCGGGUCCUUUGUCAUGUUGAUCACGAUGACCUAGAGAGACUCAAACGUGUCUCUAAAACAAUUAGAAAUGCUGUAUUCGAAGCAAAGAAGUCACAUUUUGAUUAUAGCACACCAAGAAAGACUUUGCCUUUUCGAGACCCAACAUCGAUCCUCGAGCAAGAUUCGAGUUUGAGUGAUCAAGAUGAGGCAAUGGAGCCUCCUAAUGCACCAGUUGGAAGGAGGAAGAUUAACCGUGAAUCAGAUUUGUCCAGGAUCUCUAUGGUUUUGUUUAAAUGAAGAAGAAAGAUAACAAGAAAGAAAAGGAUUAGCCGCUAAUUUGUGCAGACAUGUGAAGACAAGCACUAGAGUGUUUUUGCAUUUGCUUCAGUUUAUUAUCAGUGAAGCUCCUUAUAAAAUGUUUAUUAUAUUUACUGAUCAUGUGAAUAUAUAACAAUUAUUUGCGGAUUUUGUAAGGUUAAAAAAUAUUGUUUUGUGAAUAGUUCUUUCGGUUGUGAUUCAGAGUAUCCUAAGUAUUUGUUUUGUCCUUUUCAGUAGAAAUUAUUAACAUUAUGUUUAA